AUGGCCAAUGAUUCUCAACUCCCACAACCCAUGUCCAUUAAUACUAAUAACGCCAACUUGAAUACUCCAGGGCCCAAAAAGAAACUAGCAUUACCGGGAAUUCAAUGGUCAAAAAUUCCCGAGAACAUUAUUCCAUUCUAUACGUCUGCUUGGAAGGUCUCGUACGAGCCUGUCAAUUUACUACUCAACGAACCGGAUGAACACAAACGGGAUAUCCACACCCAGAGGUGGCUGGAUGGUAUGCAACAACAACUUAACACGACAAUUUUAGUGAUGGAAUGUUCUGAUUAUUUUCUGGCUCCGCGCCUCCAGAGCACUCUCAUUAGUGGUGUGAUUACGAGCUCGUUUAGUUGGUCCUACUUUGCCAAUUCGGACACUAGACCUGUGUGUUUAGAGCUAGUCAAAGCCUUCUGGUACAGUGCUUUAUGUCUUUCCAUCUCAGCAAUCGCGUGUGCGUCCCAACAACUCGUUGCUUUACAACGUGUCGCAAUCUACCCGGAUAGUCUUACGGUGGUUCGAAAGCUUCUUGGAGGCAAUGGGGCAGCUCCAUUGGUCGGAACCAAGCGUCUUGGGUUCUCACAGUUCUAUCUUUGGCAAUUACCUGUUAUGUUACUGUCUGCAAGUUUAUAUGUCUACAUUGCUGGACUGACCAUUAUUGUCUACUGGGAUUUUGCUACAUCAUUGAAAAGCUCUCAUGUGGGACGACCUUGA